AUGAGUAGUAUAAUUACACCUGGUGUUACCAAUUCUGGAGUUCCUCAAAAUAAUACUACAAAUAAUAAUAACAAUAAUAAUAACAAUAACGAUGUUUUACAAAUGGAUCCCAAUCAAAUUAUUUCAGUGGAUGAGCAAAUUCAAUAUAAGAUUCAAUUAUUAUUACAUAUAAAUAGUGUACUUUUAGCAAGAGUAAUACAUAUGACAAAUCCAUUUUUUAAAGAUAAAAAAAUUGAGCCUAAUUCACCUUCUGUAUUGCCUGAAAAUAUUCAAUUAUUAGUAUCACAAAAUUUGAAAAGAGUUCAUGCUAAUUUACAAUGUAUAUCACAAAUCAAUCAAGGUUACAUAAGGUCAAAACCUGUAAUCUCAGAUCCGCCAAUGAUACCACAACAGCCACAACAAAGUAAUGAUAUUUUAGCUAAAUUAUAUUUAUUAAUGUCAAGAGUAUUUGAAUUUUGGUGA